ACAGCAGCGGAAUUUCCCAAAAAAAACAUCAUCACUACCUCUAUUUCGGUUUCAGCUAUUUAUUCAGAUACUGACGUGACUGAGGGAAAUUUUAAUGUGUCAACCGGAGACGUCCCUCCCCGAAUUCGGACCACUUUACAGCGCUUUUACUUUCAAUUUCCGACGUAUUCUCUUUGACCAGCCGUGAGCUCAAACGCAUCUAACACCAGGCUGCUCUUAUUGCUGACAGGACAAACGGGAAAUAAUGUUUUCGAGUUACGUGUUUGUGUUUGUUUGUUUGGCGACUUUUCUGCGAGACUUCCAUGUAUCCAGCUGUGAUGAAAACUGUGAUGAUAAACCUGUGUUCACUCCAUCCAGAGUUGUAGUGAAGUAUGGUGACUCCAUCAGUGUUAUGUGCUAUGCAUGCCAGUCUGGCUGCAAUGAGGACCAAACUGGUUUGGAAAGCCCUGUGGGAAACACAACAAAAAAUGGAACCAGGAUUUUAUGGACGGUUGACAGAAUGACUGAAUGGGACUCAAAUGUCUUUUGCUAUUAUUCUAAUGCUGCGGAUUACCAGUGCUGCAGCCUCCUGCCUUUAACUGUGUACAAGCCUCCAGACAGUGUGUCCAUCAGCUUUGAUGGUCUCUCUGGGCCGAUGAUUGAGGGUCAUCAGUACACUCUGCAGUGUAAAGUACAGAACGUUGCUCCUGUUGGAGACCUCACAGUGACCUUCUACAGAGGACAGACAGCACUGGGUCAAGCAAAGUCCACAAAUGACCUGAAGACACCAGUAAGUGAGACCUUCACUCUGAGCGUCAACACCAGUAAAGAAGAUGAUGGAGUCCAGUACUGGUGUGAGGCCAAGCUGGAACUGGGACCUGAAGGACCACAGCGCCCCCCAUUGGUGAAGUCAGAAAUCAUCACCACCACUGUCCUCUAUAAGCCUCAGCUAGAGGGGCCAUUGCAUCCAGAUCCGGUCACCAUCACUGAGGGAAACUUUCUACAACUGAGCUGCAAGGCUGUGGGAAACCCCAGCCCCUCAUACACCUGGGUGAUCCUGCCACCUAGUGCCCCCUCCUCCAAUAGCAGCCAUCUCACUAUCAAAUCUGUAGCUUAUGAGCAGGAAGGGCAGUACACCUGUUCUGUCAGCAACAGUGUGGGGACAGUCACUGUGACGUUUACUGUGGUUGUCAAAGCCGACAUCAUCCCAUACAUCAUAGGCGGACUAUCAAUUGUUGGUCUUCUUAUUAUCACUGGCUUAAUAAUAGGACUCAUAUUUUACUACAAACACAACCGAAUGGGCCAGUACAAUCUGAAGGAUGUUUUUCGUUUGCAUACCCGACACGUUGCCGUGCCCACUGUGGAGUAAGUGUGUGGGAUGGAAUGAAUCCUGUAUGGACAGUAUGGACUGAUUCUGUGAUUAGCUGCAGAGUUUAAGACAACUACCAUCAACUGCAACGUCCUUGGUUUGAGUCUGGGUAGGGGCCUUUGUUGUAUCUUUCUCAUCUCCCGAUAAAAUAAGUUCCAACUUUUUUUAUCCUGCAGACUGAAUGGAAUAAGUCACUUCCUGUCCUAAACCCAACUUCUGAGUUUGCUUCAUUUGACUGUUUUGCAGAGUUGUAUUUAGCCUAACCCCACCUGAAGUCUGCAUUCAGUUCAACACAUACUCUGCCUUAUGGUGAAACUCGUGCUUAAACAUGGUUAAAUUUAGGUUUUAGGCCACAGACUGAAGUGUUAAAGGGGAGAUGUCUGCAGCUCACAGUAUUUAAAAAUUGUAUAUAUUUUACUAUGUAUAGAGUUAAAAAGGCAAAUCCUGUGUAAAUGUGAAACAAAUGUAAUGUUUUCUGUCUCUAUGGGUCACAUUUUCUUCUUUAAAGCCACAGAGUGGAUUGUUGUGACAAAAUAGGGUUUUUCUAUAUUUUUUCUUCAAAGUCACAAAUAUAUUUUUAAAAGGUUCAGAAAUUUCCUUAAAUAGCUGAGCACAGUUGUUUUUAGCAAACAUUAUAGUAAGUAUUUUGUGCAUUUACUGAGGCUCUGAAAAUUAAGCAACCUUACUCUAACAUUUUUUUUUAGAAAUUACCACUGAAUAUUUGCCACACAGAAACAUGGGGUGUUCAAGGCCCCUGAUGCUCAGGAACCCAAUGAUAGUUGCCUCUUUUACCUGGUUGUUAAUCUGGCCUUGAAUAAGAUCACCUCUUUCCUUUGGUCUUUUCUUGUGAACUGAAUUAGAAAAAUAUAGAAUACCAUCAGCCUUAUUCUUGAACUGAUCUACAACCUUGAUUUUGGUUCAUACAAAGAGGGCCUGUAGAUCAGUAGUUUUCACACUAAAUAUAACAAUUCUGUUUUUGUAGCCAUUGUUGUCAAUUUUGUCUUACUCUCCCUGUGUUUGUAUUUUUAAACUGUUGCUUCAUUGGUUCUAGAAAAUCGUGCCUUUGGCUAACACUGGAACACUUACAGAAAUGUAGAUUAAUGUGCAUAUUUAUAGCUGUAAGAAGGGCUGCAACUACAGUUUUAUGCAUGAUUGUGGUUUAUCAAUUACUAUGAGAAAUGGAAAACUACACUGAUGCUAACAUAUCAGUACAAUGUAUUAUUCAUGCAUUCAUUUGCUUAGAUGAACACGCUGUGUUGCUGUUUUUGGCCACUUCAUUUUUAUCAUGUUACUGCAAAGAACUUUACAACUUUAUUUAGAGAGGUGCUAUAAACAGAAAGUUCACUAUCAUGUGAAAAUUCUCAUAAUGAACUUCACAGCUACAUGUUUAACCACUGAAAGCUUGAGUCUUAUUUUGCAAUAACCCACAGUUAUAAAUCCAUCAACAGCU